CACAUGUCAAAUGGGUCCGAACAACCCGUCGCUUGCACCCUUAUCGAUCGUGCGCUGCAAAUGGCUGCACCUCGUCCUGUUAUCAUGGUUGAUUACUUCAAAAAGACCACGUUAUGAGCUGAGCAGAUUUCCCCACCAGUAAUCGCCAGCACCUCACCCGUAAUAAAUCGUCAGACUCUAAUCACCUCCAAGCCCUCUGUCGCAGCCAGGAAGGGCUAAGCAACAUAUCUGCCACUCCACUAUAAGACUGGCUAGCUGUGCUCAAUCCCCCCACUACGCCAUUCGGGUAUCCAACUCCAAAAUCGUCAUUACUCUUCACCUCUCCACGCCCACCGAGGGGACCCUUUCCUGACUGCACCGAGCCAUGGAGAAGUACAGCCAGUUCCGUGACCGCGGAUCUGGCAUAUCGCCUUUCAUCCCUACGACGACACCCACAUCGGCCAUCUACAACAUAUUUCGCGGGGUCAUCUUUGUCUUCCGCCUUCCGCUCUUCCUCACAUGCGUCGCCAUCUACUUCCUGCUUCUCGCCCAGCUGCCUCUCCCCCUCGCGGCUCGCAAGCUGCUGCUCUGGGGGCUGCUUGCCAUUCCCGGCGUGUGGUGGGUUGACCUCCAGCUCGACAACGUAAAACGUGGCUCCUUGUCGCAACAGCCGCCCUCACGCUUCCCGCAUCCCCGCUCCAUCAUCGCAUCUCAGUUCACGUCGCCUAUCGACCCCAUAUACCUCGCUGCGAUAUUCGACCCCAUCUUCACAAUCUCGUAUCCGGACACGCAAAAAGUGCAGCGCAUUAGUCUAUGGCGGGCAGUCAUGCUUGCCCUCCAAGGGCCUGUCCUUGCGCCUCCGACGCCCGCCGGACUGACAACACUGCGGGCUCUUGUCGAACAGAACCCUGAUCGAGUCAUCGCCGUGUUUCCCGAGAUGAGCACAACCAACGGGAAGGGCAUACUUCCGCUGUCCCCGUCACUGCUCUCAGCGCCAGCUGAUGCCAAGCUCUUCCCCAUCAGCCUGCGAUAUACGCCCCCUGACAUCACAACCCCAGUACCUGGCGCCUAUAUGGCAUUUCUGUGGAAUCUGCUCAGCCGGCCUACACAUUGUAUUCGAGUCAGGAUUGCCGAGGGCACGACCAACACGGCAGCUGCUGUCAAUGGACUGGUGAAUGGUGCUAUGGAGAAAGGCGUCGACGGAGAGUCAAGAGACCUGACUCCUGAGGAGAAGCGCGUCAUGGACCACGUUGGCGAGACGUUGGCCCGUCUCGCGAGGAAUAAGCGCGUGGGGCUCACCCUGCGCGACAAGGUCGCUUUCGUGGAUGCGUGGACGAAGAAGUCUCGGUGAGGCAAAAGAGAAAUUGACAAAGAAGGGACGGCUUGCCAGUAUGCUC